ACGGGAUAACAUGUCCAGCCUUGUUCUUCAGGAACUCUACUUUAUUCACAGGAAUAAAAAAAAACUAACACAGGAAUAAAAACUCUACUUUAUUCACAAAACGAAGAGUUCAUCUUUUAAUUAUGGUUGAAAUUGCAUGAGUAAUAAACAAAUAUUCCUAAUACUGACGGUCUUAAAUUAAAGGAACACAACAGUCCUCAGUUGUUAUAGGCAGCAUGGACUUCUGAAUAAACUUUAGUUACAGAAUACAGCUAUUGAAAUAAAAUUAGUUGCAACUUUUUCUAUAGUGAACAUCCAGAUGGUGAACUUCAGUGAACUAGGCGUGGGGACCGAAGAACCUCAUGAUCGGACCGUGUACAACAACUCUAACCACACAAGCAUCCCCUUCAACAACAACCACAAGAACAGCAACCACUCAGUCAGCAGUAUGUUGGUGUUUAGUACCAUCACCUCAACCAACACCAACACUAUCAGCAGCCUAUCUUCACCAACAACCGGUGACAAGCUGUCAACCGCCCGCACUUCAAAUUUGUUGCAGUCACUAUCCAAUGACAGCAAUAAUCCAACGACGCAGAUUGACGUCUUGUCUCCACUUCAGCACAAAACAAACAAUAAAAGAAAUUUUCAGAGUUUUCAUUUACACCACAUACUGGACCAACCUCCACCUACCCCGCAUAUCAACGUGGUUGACGAUGACGAUCCAAACGAUGCAAGUGAUGAUGUCAAAAAAGAUCGCAUGGGUUGCAACGAAUCCAGAAACGGUUCCGAUAGUCACGAGUCUCUUCAAACAAAGUCUGAGGUAAACGACGACAGGUCUUUGAAUGAGACGCAGAAGGAAGGUGAAGAUCCUGGUGAAGAUGUUGAAACUGAAGGAGAUCCUGCGGAGCCAGCAGGUGACGAUGUGGAAGACGGCGGAGACGAAACAUCUCCUAACAAGAAGAAGCAGCGGCGCUACAGGACCACAUUCACCUCCUUUCAGCUGGAGGAGCUGGAGAAGGCCUUCUCCAGGACACAUUACCCUGAUGUAUUCACCAGGGAAGAGCUGGCUAUGAAAAUCGGGCUCACAGAGGCACGGAUUCAGGUGUGGUUCCAAAACCGCAGGGCCAAAUGGCGGAAGCAAGAGAAGGUUGGGCCUUCUAUGCACCACAUUUCGGGUGCCUUCCCUUCGUCCUCCUCCGUCCCUCUUCAUCCUCCUCCACUUCCAUCAUCCUUCAUAGGCAGCACAUUCUCUUCCCAGUUCCUCACCCCUGCACACUCCUCCAACAAGUCCUUAGAUUUCCCUCUGCUCCCCAACAUGCCCCGACUCCCCGCCUACCUGGGGGGACUUGUGCCAGGCUGUCUGGGCAGCCUCGGUGCCCUCAGUGGCUUGGGAUCAACUCUGAGGAAUGAUUUUAGUAACCGCAUACAGAGGGACUUAACAAACCCACUUCGUGGAGACUUGACAAGCCCUCUUCGUGGAGACUUAAGUUCCCGACUGCCAUUUUUCCCCCAAUCCCUCCCUCAGUCUACUUACUCGCCAGUCUUCCAGCAAUUGUUAGCAGGACUGCAGUCUCCAAACAUUCCUGAGCUAAGCGACUACUCGAACAUCCUGGCCCCGGGGCUGCCUUCCGCACUGCCAGCUCCUCAGGACGCGGGAUCGGCUAUGCCAGGAUGCAAGGAACAGGAGCGUCGUGCGUCUUCUAUCGCCGAGCUACGGCAACGCGCGCGGGAGCACGAGAAGAGGCUGGCGUCGUACGGCCGCCGCCACGGAACAGACGCCAGCGAGCAGUCGCCCUCGCGCCGGUCACCUCGCGCCUCCCCUAAACGAGAAGUUGUCACUUGACUCCGUUUGCUGUCACAUUUUACGAAAUUUAUGUUGAACUUGAUUGAUAUUGUGUACUGUAAAGGUGAAUAAAAGUUGUUGACUUAAUGUAAGAAAAUCAAGAAGAGUUUAGAGGGUGCACUGUCUGUUGUGAGUGGUAUUUGUCACACUAAUUUUACGUUCUACUGUGACCGUAAAUUUUUAUUACAAAAGCAGAGACUUCUGGCUUUGUUAAUCAAGCUAUGGGAAGAUUGGAUGAAAUUUGGUGAUGCCGCCCGAUUUAUUAUGAUUUGUUCCAAAGGACGAUCAUUUGAUCAAUCACCAAAUGCCCGUGGAUAUUCAUCUUAAAGAAUUUGAAGUAGUUCCACCGAUCAAAUUGUUGAGAUAUAACUACACCGUAUAACAGAAACUUCCACCCAUUUCAAUGUUUUAUUGAGCAAUGAAGAUAGCAAAAAAGAAUGAAAUGAACUUUUAAUCGUUCUAAAAGUUUCUACUCGACUAUGAAGCGUUGCGAUAAUAUUUGGGAUAAAUUAUUACCAUGUCACAAGAUUUGGUUCCUACCUGGAAACUCCAACCGGUUUGUGACAGGAUUUAAUAUUAAAAUCCGUUAAUUUUUGUCCAUGGUUGCAUGGUGCGUGUAUUGCGUAAUAUUGUAUUUUCACGCCUUCAAAUAACUUUAUAAUCUAAAUGCGUAAAUUAAUUUAUUCUUUGAAAUUCAACAAUCCUGCUAGGGAGGACUUAAUUGUGCGGAAUUGAUUCAUUUUAAAAUUUGUGCGGCCUUCGUGCUGCCUUUUGUUACAUUAUCCUGAUCAAUGAAAUAUUUAUAUUUUUUUAAUGGUUGCUCAUUUCUUUU